UGUAGCAUCAACAUCUCAAAUUUCCAUAGACACACAACCUCGUGGCAGCCACCGGCUAUCGUUAAGCCACGACGAUACAUGAGCGAAACACUACCAUAAUGGAUCGCAGAGAGCAGGACAACAACACGAGACACAUUCGGCGCAAACAAGUGCCUUCGUAUGUACAGCCGCUGGCUUAUGACGAAGCACUCCUUCUCUCAUCGGCCCAAAACCACGUCUUCAACUGGGAUCCCGAACGUGAAGCCAGGGGCCAGUCUCACGAACUACGGAACAUCGACCCUGGUAGAGGCAGCCAGACACAACUGACUUCCGCGACGAGUGAGACAGGUUACAAACUACUGAAGACUUCCAGCUACAAAGAGACGAAAAGAAGAACCCCAAGACGUCUCUCCCGGCGAGGGUGGUACUUACUUCAAGGGUGGUGGCAAGAAAUUGUAUGGUGCAUAAUCAGCAUCAUUUGCAUCGUCGUACUCGUAAUGGUAUUGAAGUCUUACGAUAACGAGCCGCUUCCGAAUUGGCCGCUAGGUCUCACUCUCAAUACCGUAGUCGCGUUCAUUGCUACGUUCUGUAGAACGUCGUUUGUUCUCCCAGUGGUCGAAAGUCUGUCGCAGUAUAAGUGGAAUUGGUACAAAUCGCCGAGGCCCCUGAGAGAUUUCGGGGCUUUCGACGAAGCAAGCCGUGGGCCAUGGGGCAGCUUAAAGCUAUUGCUUACAACCAAAGGCAGACCUGUUGGGAUUCUGUCGGCAGCAAUUCUCGUCUCGGCAAUCGCUACCUCAACUCUAACGCAGUCUGUUGUUACAUACCCUACUCACAGCGUCCAGCUUCCGGGGAACGAUAGUGCUCUGACCCUGAGAAACGAAGGGUACUUCUGGGUAACUGCUAACAGCAAUGCUAGAAGGGAUUUGAUGUUUCCAAUCAACCAGAUCAUCCCACGAAGCCUUAACACCCCACCAGAAGAGGCAAUGCCUUAUCACCAGGCCAGCUGUCGAACGAACAAUUGCACAUGGCCACCGUUCACAUCACUUGCCGUCUGCGUGGACAUGAAGAACGUGACUGAUCUUCUGACAUCUGCCGGGGGUCCAUAUGGACAACCAAUCAAUACCACACUUCCCAACGGCGUGUUUCUUCAGCACACCAGUGGGUAUGCGACUAUGAAUAUCUCCACUGGUCCAAGUUUGACCUUCAACGACACCGACAUCAUGACUGCCAAGCUCUUCCACUUCUUCGUACUGUACGGGCCCCGACUACGCGCCACCGAGAUUAUAAUGCACUGGUGCGUCAACACGUACCGUGUCAACGUCCAGGAAAACGUCCCUGUCACGGAAAGAGUCGCGUCUCACACAACUCGCUCGUCUGGGGAGGUCUUCAUAAAGAACUACAACCAGACAAUGAAUCAAACCUAUUUUACGUCCCCUGAUAGUCCCAACGAGAGGUACUAUGUGGGUGGAGAUGGCCCCGAUGAAAUCGCCUCGGUGCUUGAAUCAACAUUGGUAGGGACCUCCAGUGAUUUAGGACAAUACCGAUAUGGGAACGGUUGUGAGAUUUACGUCACAGCACUUUCAAGAGCCCAAAUUGGGAUCAAUACUGCGAACGAAUCCCAGAAGCUUGACGACGCACAGUUCACGACACUGCGUAAUCUAACGGAAAACAUCGCUAGUGGUCUCACAAACGCGUGAGCUCAAGUCUUUCUACACAUGACUUCAUUUUCAUAUCUGACACCAUGUAGGCUCUUAACCACCAAUGUCAGCGGGAGUGCUUUGCGGGAGGAACGUUUUGUGUCCAUUCGCUGGCCUUGGUUGACACUACUUGCGGCACAAGUAGGUCUUUCUAUCGUGACGCUUGUCAUUAUUAUAAUAGACUCGGCCGGGCUUGAUAUCGAUAUCGUCAAGGGCUCGUCUUUACCUGCUCUGUUGGCUAUGGAUCCGGCGGAGAAGGACGUGCUUCUAAGAGAGAAUUCCGAAGAAACAGAAAGGGCAAAGUCUGAGCCACCACACCUUCGAGCUUUUGGUAUUGCCGGUGGGCUACAGAGGAAUGGGGACAAGUGGAUCCUCCAUGACUUGAAGAGGUAGUGAUGCCGCAUGCAGUUGGUACAUAAGACAAACAAAACAAGCUGGUCAUCUAUCUGCCCUAAUGUUGUCCCAUCUGAUCUUGCUAGAC